AUGGCAGAUAAGAGGAAACUACAAUGUGAUAUUGACAGAACCCUAAAGCGAGUGCAGGAAGGUCGUGUCGCCUUUCAGGAAAUCCUUGAUAAAUUUGAAGGUUCUAAUAAUCAAACCCAGAAGGAGAAGUUCGAGGCUGACUUGAAGAAGGAAAUUAAAAGACUUCAGCGAUUCCGGGAUCAAAUCAAGACUUGGCACACAUGUAACGACAUAAAGGAUAAGCGACCACUGUUGGAAGCCCGAAAAUUAAUCGAAAUGGAUAUGGAAAGGUUCAAAGUCAUCGAAAAGGAAACGAAAACUAAAGCUUAUUCGAAAGAAGGGCUCCUUUCUGCUGAUGCUAAAAAAGACCCAUUGCAAAAAGAAAAAGAAGAGCUUGAUGAGUGGCUAAAGCAAUCAAUUUCUGCUUUGCAAACUAAGUCAGAAAGGUACGAGUAUGACCUAGAAACGUUAUCCACUACGGGUAAAAAGAAACGUGUUGAUAAGGAGAAAGCAGCCCUUUUGGAGGAGAAAAAGCAAAAGCUGGAGUUUUGUGCGUAUCACAUCGAAAAGCUUGAAACGGUCAUGCGGCAUUUAGACAACGAACGUCUUGAUUGUUCAAAAGUUCGGUCGCUAAAGGAUCCUAUUGAAUAUGUCAUUGAAUCAAUCGAUGAUGUUAGCAUGGAGGAUUAUCGGUCCUUGUACGAGGAUAUGCAUUUGGAAGAUAUAGGAGAUGGUUCGGUCGUGACGCCAAAUGCUUUGGUUGCACCGGGAUUUCUCGAUUACGAUUUAAAUUCUCCAGUCGCUCUUUCGACCGCCACAAAAGCUGGAAAUGACGACGAUCCAACACUAUUUAGCUCUUCUCUGCCUCCUGGUUCUUCUACUUCCUCGAACGCCUCCUCCCGCGAGCGGCCGAAGACCUCUUUAGAGGAGAAGUGCAUAUUCAACCCUACUUCCCUGUCCUCUACUAGCACUCCGGUAAAGGAGAAGAAGGAAAAGAGUGCUAAAUCACAGCCUGCUUCUGCAUCCGUUAACCAAACGCUCCCUUCUUCCUUCCACUUGCCUGGGUCUUCCACUGCCACACCUUCAUCGAAUAAGAAAUCUUUUGCAGGUGCUGCUGCCAAGCACCAGCAACCUGAAGCCAUAAAACCGGAAUUUGAUCGACUAACAGUUCCCAUUCCCGAUUCUGCUCCGAUUCAUCGUGAAAACUACGCGAAAGUGGCUGGAGAUUUAAAAAAGGAUAAGUCUAAGAAGGAACUACACCAGCAAUAUGAAUUUGAUCCCAAAACUGUCAUCUCCUCUUCGUCUGCGACUCCUACUAAAAAUGAAAAACGGAAGGUCGAAGAAGCCAAGGAGAGGGCCCAAAGUAGCGAUUCUGCUGUUUCGAUAAUCAAGCUUCCAUCUCCCACUCAUACACCAUCUGUUGCUGUGGAUGUGGUGUCUGUUUCCGUUGCACCGCCUUUGACUUCAGUCUCACUUAAUUCGGUCACUUCUAAGUCCUCCGCAUCUACCUCUCAAGCUUUGACUACUGCUAAUGUUGCCCCAGCUAUGAGUAAACUGCAGCAGGAGCAGCGACCUUCCCCUGCUCCUUUCGUUCUCGUCCAUCCCCGUGAUGCUUUAGCACCUUUUCGUAAUCAACAUCUGGAUAAGCAGCGUACGCUUCCCCCAGAGCUUCGAGCUCAGUUGCAAGCGCUAGAGAUUGCCUUCCGACGUUCGCCUCUGCCCACCGACAUUUUUAAAUCGCGUAUGCUCGUCACGAAGCGGCCAAUAAAUGUGCCCAGCUUUUUUCCGCUGGAGCCAUUCAAGGGGCACGACCUGGAAGAGUACUACAUGAAGAUGGACGCACAGACACUCUUCUUCAUUUUCUACUAUUUCGAGGGCACAAGAGCCCAAUACUUUGCGGCAAAGGCGCUCAAGCGCAUGUCAUGGCGCUUUCACACCAAAUAUAUGUACUGGUUCCAGCGUAACGAAGAGCCUAAACAAAUCACCGAAGAGUUUGAAUCGGGUGCCUACGUAUUCUACGAUUUCGAAACCAUGAGCCAGCGGAAGAAGGACGAGUUUGUUUUCCUCUAUAGCUUUCUUGAGGACAAUGAUUUAUAG